AGACUUUUGACUAGUUAUUCUUUGACAGAACUUAUAAAGCUCUGAGACCCUCUUGAUUUUUUGCAAUUUGUAGCAUACUCCAAUCAAUCACUUUCUUCAGCUUAGCUCAAUUUCUUUGUUUUCUACUUCUUCUUGUACCUGUUUGCUUUCUUUUUCUCUCUUUUGCAUACUUUUCAUACUAAUAUUCUUAAGCAACUGAUCUUUCACUAUGAAUGUUACAUGUUACAGGCUUAAAUUGCAUUAGCACCACCCCUUUUUAGUUGUUCUCCCAAACACUUCAAUGGCCAAUCUUCCAACAAAUGGAGAGGCCGAUACCAAAGAGAUCGAUAUGGCUAGCCUGCCAUCCUCUAAGCGUCAUAGCCAAAACCCAGACUUAGAUCACCACAAAGUUGGUGUUCCAUCUAAGCAGAACUUGUUUAAGGAGUUCACUUACACCGUGAAAGAAACAUUCUUUGCUGAUGACCCUUUACGACAUUUCAAAGAUCAGUCCAAGUCUCGGAAGUUCAUUCUUGGUCUUCAUGCUGUCUUCCCUAUACUUGACUGGGGCCGAGGUUAUAAUCUCAAGAAGUUUCGAGGUGACCUCAUUUCCGGCCUCACUAUUGCCAGUCUCUGCAUCCCUCAGGAUAUUGGAUAUUCCAAACUUGCAAACCUCGACCCUGAGUAUGGACUAUACUCCAGCUUUGUACCCCCAUUGAUAUAUGCUUGCAUGGGUAGUUCAAGAGAUAUCGCCAUUGGACCGGUGGCUGUUGUUUCUCUAUUACUAGGGACUCUGAUUCAGAAUGAAAUCGAUCCUACUAAAAAUCCCGUGGAGUAUAGAAGGCUUGCAUUCACUGCAACAUUUUUUGCAGGGAUCACUCAAAUGACCCUCGGAUUCUUCAGAUUAGGAUUCUUAAUCGACUUCCUAUCCCACGCGGCUAUUGUUGGUUUCAUGGGUGGAGCUGCAAUUACAAUCGCGUUGCAACAGCUUAAAGGAUUUCUUGGGAUCAAGGGAAAGCACUUUACCAAGAAAUCAGAUAUAAUUUCAGUCUUAAAGUCAGUUUUCGGGUCCAUCCAUCACGGGUGGAACUGGCAGACGAUACUGAUAGGAUCAGUCUUUCUGGCCUUCCUUCUUUUCGCUAAGAUGAUCGGAAAGAAAAACAAGAAACUGUUUUGGGUACCAGCAAUUGCUCCGUUGAUCUCAGUCAUUCUAUCCACUUUUUUCGUGUUUAUAACUCAUGCAGAAAAGAAAGGAGUAGCAAUUGUGAAUCAUAUAGAAAAAGGACUUAACCCAUCAUCGGUGCAUCUAUUAUAUUUAUCUGGAGAUAAUCUUUUGAGAGGUUUCAAAAUUGGCUCUGUGGCUGGUAUGAUAGCACUAACUGAAGCCACGGCAAUAGGAAGAACAUUUGCAGCUAUGAAGGACUACCAACUAGAUGGAAACAAAGAAAUGGUUGCUUUAGGGGCGAUGAAUGUUGUCGGAUCAAUGACUUCCUGCUAUGUUGCCACUGGAUCCUUUUCUCGAUCUGCAGUGAAUUACAUGGCAGGCUGUCAAACUGCAGUCUCUAACAUCGUUAUGUCAGUCAUCGUGUUCCUAACUCUGUUGUUUAUAACACCUCUUUUUAAGUACACCCCAAAUGCCAUUCUUGCUUCCAUCAUCAUAUCUGCUGUCAUCAACCUUAUUGAUUACGAGGCUGCUAUUCUUAUAUGGAAGAUUGAUAAAUUCGACUUUGUUGCAUGUAUGGGUGCCUUUUUUGGUGUCAUAUUUGCAUCUGUUGAGAUUGGUCUUUUGAUCGCGGUAGUUAUAUCCUUUGCGAAAAUCCUCUUGCAAGUUACUAGGCCAAGGACUGCACUCCUGGGCAAUCUCCCAGGUACGACGAUUUACAGAAAUCUUCAGCAGUAUCCUGAAGCAGCUGAUGUUCCUGGUAUAUUGGUUAUUAGAGUUGAUUCGGCUAUCUACUUCUCCAACUCAAAUUACAUUAAGGAGAGGAUAUUGAGAUGGUUAGUCGACGAGGAAGAGAAGAGGAAAAAGCUGUACAGGCCGAGGAUCCAGUUUCUAAUCGUAGAGAUGUCACCUGUCACCGACAUUGAUACCAGUGGCAUCCAUGCUUUAGAAGAGUUGCACAAAAGUCUAGAGAAAAGAAAUGUUCAGCUUGCUUUAGCAAAUCCAGGACCAGUGGUAAUCGAGAAGCUACAUGCAUCUGAUUUUACAUCCUUAAUAGGGGAAGACAACAUCUAUCUAACAGUCGCGCAUGCUGUUCAUUCAUGCUCUCCAAGAGUAAUCGAGGUGGCUUGAUUAUAUGAGAACCGGGAUUUCUAAAAGUUGUAUGGGGUUGAUUCUGACUUGAAUGUAUGUAUGAGUUUGUGUCAAAGGUGUCAUUGUGUGUAUGUUUAAUCCGUAUAGAGUGUUCGUAAUAAACUGGGUAAUUGUUGGAUCACCAUCCACCCUUAUUUCGAGUUCUAAGCAGAGGAAUUCAACAAGCGUGUUUGAUUGCAUCAUAUAAAACAACCCCUUAGCUUUUAGGGUAAUGUUGUGUGUGUACAGGAAUGUAUAUGAUACAAGAAAAUGUUUAUCCAUUUUCUAAUGUAAUGAGAUGGUUAGCAAUUUGUCAAUUCAUGUGAUUUUAUCUA